GGAGUGGAAUAACUCAGUGUAUCUCGCGCCUUUCAUUACACAAAUUGGCAUUGAAAAAAUGAGAAAACCAUUGUCAGAAAUAAUUUUCAUGAACUGGAUUGAUGUGUAAAAAAACAGGUGUUAUUAAAACCAAAGACAUGCCGAACAGUGGAAGUAGCCACCGGCCCGGAGCCAACUUUUUUUCACAUAUGAAAUGGGAACAUCUCCUGGCAGGCGUCAGUGGCGGAGUAACUUCCACACUAGUCCUUCAUCCUCUUGACCUGGUGAAAAUCCGAUUUCAAGUGCAUGAGGGCGGUGUGGCCGGAGUAUCAAGACCGAUGUACAAUGGCUUAAAAGAUGCAUUCCUACAGAUCAUUCGUAAAGAUGGGGUCACUGGAAUGUAUAGAGGAGUGGUACCAAAUGUUUGGGGAGCUGGAACGUCCUGGGGGCUCUACUUCUUUUUUUACAACAGCAUUAAGACUUGGAUGCAGGAUGGUGACACUCAAGUGAACCUUGGUCCAGCUAAACAUAUGCUGGCUGCAUCUGAAGCAGCGACAGAGGGUACCGCAUGAAGAAUAAAGAACGGGGAAUGUCUCCCAAAAGUACUAGAUACGCCCCCAAACAGAUUAUAG